AAGCUUCGCGCGAGGCGGUUGAGGCGCGAGUUUGGCGGUUGGGGCGUCCGUUGCUCUGAGGGAGCGCGCGCCUCCGCACGGCUUUCUCCGGAGCUUCUCGGCAAGGGCGGCCCCUUCCUUUCUCCCAUCCCACAACCCCGGGACGGCCGCCCGCCGUGUCCCCUUCGCCGUCGUUUCCCCGGCGGCCCCCGAGACCCUUCGCCACAGCCGCCGCCGCCGGCCGCCCCCUCAUGGCCUUGAUGGCGGGUGUGAUCCGCCGCCUGGACGAGGCUGUGGUGAACCGCAUCGCGGCUGGAGAAGUCAUCCAGAGACCCGCCAACGCCAUCAAGGAGAUGGUGGAGAACUGUUUGGAUGCCAAAGCUACCAGCAUCCAGGUAACAGUGAAGGAUGGCGGUUUGAAACUAAUUCAAAUCCAAGAUAAUGGUUGUGGAAUUAGGAGAGAAGACUUGGAUAUUGUGUGUGAGAGAUUCACCACAAGUAAACUACAGACUUUUGAGGACCUAGCCAGUAUUUCUACAUACGGGUUUAGAGGCGAGGCGCUGGCAAGUAUAAGUCACGUUGCCCACGUUACUAUAACAACUAAAACAGCUGAUGCAAAGUGUGCCUACAGGGCAAACUAUUCUGAUGGAAAAUUGAAGGCUGCCCCCAAACCUUGUGCUGGAAACCAGGGAACUCAAAUCACAGUUGAGGAUCUAUUUUACAAUGUAACCACUAGGAGAAAAGCUUUAAACAAACCUAGUGAAGAAUAUGCAAAAAUUCUGGAAGUUGUUAGCAGGUAUGCUAUUCACAACUCUGGCAUCAGUUUUUCAGUUAAAAAGCAAGGUGAUACAGUAGCAGAUGUUAGAACACUGUUGAAUGCUACAACCGUUGACAAUAUCCGCUCCGUCUUUGGAAAUGCUGUUAGCAGAGAGUUGAUUGAAGUGGGCUGUGAAGAUGCAACAUUGGCUUUUAAAAUGAAGGGUUACGUGACCAAUGCAAACUAUUCAGUAAAGAAAUGCAUCUUCUUGCUUUUCAUAAACCAUCGCUUGGUUGAGUCAAAUGCUUUGCGAAAAGCAAUAGAAACUGUAUAUGCGGCUUAUUUACCUAAAAAUACACAUCCAUUUUUAUACAUAAGCCUAGAAAUAAACCCUCAGAACGUAGAUGUGAAUGUGCAUCCCACAAAGCAUGAAGUUCAUUUCCUUCAUGAAGACAGCAUCUUGGAGAGUGUACAGCAACACAUAGAGAGCAAAUUGUUAGGCUCUAACUCAUCAAGGGUAUAUUUUACACAGACAUUGCUGCCAGGUGUUACUGCCUCUUCCACCGAUGUUGUUAAAUCAGCAAGUUCUUCAACUAAUCAAGGGGGAGACAAGGUCUGUGCCCGUCAGAUGGUCCGCACUGAUUCCCGGGAACAGAAACUGGAUGCUUUUCUUCAGCCAGCAAAUAAACCUAGGCCGUCUGAACUUUCUGUAGUGACAUCCCAGGAUAACAACAACAAGCAAAGUUGCAAGGGAACUGGACUACAAGAUGCUGAGAUGAAAGACUGCAGUGACUUGAAUUCAAGAGAUCUAAGAGUAGAAGCUGUGGAGAUUGCAGAAGAGUCAACAGAAAGCCAACCAGCACCUCUUGAAGCUCUACCUGCUAGAAAGAGGCAGCGAACAAAAUGUGAUGUGGAAAUGGAAGAACAGCAAAAACAGGAAAUGACUGCUGCCUGCGUUCCAAGAAGGAGAAUUGUGAACCUAACUAGCAUAGCAACCCUUCAAGAGGAAAUCAGUAAUCGGGCACAUGCAAAUCUUCAAGAGAUGAUACGUGAUCAUUCCUUUGUUGGAUGUGUUAACCCUCAGUGGGCAUUGGUGCAGUAUCAGACAAAACUGUAUCUGCUCAGUACCACAAAACUCAGUCAAGAAAUGUUCUAUCAGAUCCUUAUCUAUGACUUUGGAAACUUCGGCGUUUUAAGAUUGUCUGAACCAGCUCCACUCUAUGAUCUAGCUAUGCUAGCCUUGGAGAAUGAUGAAAGUGGUUGGACAGAAGAUGAUGGUCCAAAGGAAGGCCUCGCUGAAUACAUUGUUGACUUUCUAACGAAGAAGAGUGCCAUGUUGAAAGACUAUUUCUCUCUUGAAAUUGAUGAAAUGGGAAAUCUUACAGGACUACCACUCCUGAUAGAUAAUUACGUCCCUCCACUGGAAGGGCUGCCUAUGUUUGUCCUUCGUUUGGCCACAGAGGUAAACUGGGAUGAAGAAAAGGAAUGUUUUGAUACCUUGAGUAAAGAAUGUGCCAUGUUCUACUCCAUUAGAAAACAGUAUAUAAUGGAAGACUCUGAUCUUACUACUCAACAGGCUGAAGACUCUGGAGCUGGUAAGAGAUCAUGGAAAUGGACAGUGGAACAUGUCCUUUAUAAAGUUCUUCGGACAUACCUUUUGCCUCCUAAAAACUUCACAGAAGAUGGCAGCGUUUUGCAGCUUGCUAAUUUACCAGACUUGUACAAAGUGUUUGAAAGAUGCUGAUCACAGACAUAUGUAGAUCAGUACCUAUUACACAGCUUUCCCUGCAGUGGUGCUGUUAUCACUGAGAAUUGUAGAAGUGACUGAAUUGCAGACCAGGAGUGUUCAGCUUUACAAGAUGCCAGAAUAUGCAACUUUUGUACAGGAUGACUAGCAAAUACCAAAGCUUCCACCUGUGGCUGAAAAGUGGACAAGGUAGCCAGUUCAGAGUUCAGUAGACAAAGGUAUGGAGCCCUCUUCACUUUAUCUUAUGAACUAAUAAUGAAUUAGGUAGGUCGAUUUGGGGAUGGAUUGGAUAAAUAUAAAAAUCUGACAGCAGUAUCCUUAAAUGCUAGUCAUCCAGGACUAGAAAAGGUUACCAUAUUAAAAUUGAGGAACUACCAACUUUGCUUCUGAAUGCAAGAAACAAGGUUGAGUUGGCAGGAAAUGCUCAAAGCACCUACCUGUAUAAGGGCUAGAUAACAGCAGACUAAUAUUUCUGUAACAAGCCCUAGACAUUUGGCAAAUCUGCAACUGUUGCUUGAACACACACACAGCCUCUUAUAAAAAGGUUAGCCACAUCCACGGUCAGUUGCAAAGUAAAGUAGCUAACCUGUAUUACAAUUUCAUAAUGUAGUGAAGCUGUUUGUGUCACACAUUUGUUUUUAAGUUAACAUUGCAAAUGCUUAACACAAUGAAAAGUUGCUAACUAAAGUAAAAACAUACCCAGACACA